CCCCUAUUCUCCCUUCUUCUUCCCCUUCAGACAAGAGUUUCCUCUGUUCCAUUACUUUGUUUUGUUCUUUUUCUGUUUAAGGAUUGGAUUUUACCAAGAAAAUAUGGAUUUUGUCUUCUCGACGGUUAAGAUGGUCUCUGUUCUGGUUUUCAGUUUUGUAGCUUCGAAUGGCCUGGUGGGGUUUGGAUCAGAUGCACAACUGUUGCCGGAAGCGGAAGGUAUGCAAUGAACUUUCAUUUGAAUUUUGAAGUUAUUGUUUAUAUGAAUUUGCUGUGUUUGGUUCCCCAGAAUUUGAUGGAAAUUAGAAGAAAGUUUAUGACUUCCGUUAAGUGUUUUUUCAUUGCACUAACAAUCUAAAUUCUUGGUGUAACUACUUCUUUAACAUUUUCCUUUUGUUUGUAAUGGUUGGUUGUUUGAAAUUCUUUGUUUGGUUGCUUUGAAUCCCCAGGAAAAAAGAGAAGAAAGUUUGAUUCUAAAGUCUUAAUCAAUUCUUUUCUCUGUUCAACUUGAUGAGCGUUUUAGAAUUCUCUUGCUUAAUCUUGAUAAGCUAAGUUUAACGUUGUUUGGUUGAUGAGAAAUUGUGGGAAACGUAAAGAUACAAAAUUCCUGGGUCUACGCAAGUACACUGCUUUCAAAACUACUGAAAAUGAAGUUUCAUUAAAAAACUAAAAUUCAUGAUCAGUUUGUACCCUGAAAACUGUUGAAAUGAAGGGUUCUUUUCCCAGGACAAUAAAGGAUUUCUUUUCUCCUUUUUUUUUCUCGGCAACCAAACAGGGGAUUAGCACAGUUACUUCUUUUAGAUAUUUUAAUUGCUUACUUCAAGGACAUUUUUUCUUUUUCUUUUUUCGCAUAAUAAGUAUCCUUGGAUCUUGAUUCCCCUUCUCAAUUCUUAUGCUAUUUUCACAAUUCCUCACUGCUUGUUGCAAUGUCACUUUCAUGGGUUUCAUUUUCUUAAUAAAUCAGUAAUUGUCGCUGGAAAAAAUUUAAAAUAAAAAAAUCACUUUCAGUCAAAUAUUAGUGUGUUAACAGGAUAAAGAUUGUCACUGAAC